UAUUUUCUUACUAGAAUGAAGAAUCUGCCAUAUGGAUGGUGCCUUUGUUAUUUAUCUAGUGUCUCUCUGCUUCUUUUUGUAGGAGAAGAAUGUCCAACAGAUGGAACUGCCUUUAUUUUUGGAUCCGAAAUUAGGUCAAAUCCUAAAUCUGCACGUCAGCAUAUAGGUUACUGCCCACAGUUUGAUGCUCUUUUUGAGUUUCUCUCUGCCCGUGAACAUCUUCAAUUUUAUGCAAAAAUAAAGUGUGUUCCCGAGAAUAGAAUAAAUAAUGUUGUUAAUGAAAAGUUGGUGGAGUUCGAUUUGUGGAACCAUGCGGAUAAGCCAUCAUGUACUUUAAGCGGUGGUAACAAAAGAAAACUCUCUGUUGCUAUUGCAAUGAUUGGUGACCCGCCAAUUGUGAUCCUUGAUGAGCCAUCUACAGGCAUGGAUCCUAUAGCUAAGAGGUUUUUGUGGGAUGUCAUAUCUAAUUUAUCAACCAGACGGGGAAAGACAGCCGUCAUACUCACAACGCAUAGCAUGAAUGAGGCUCAGGCGCUCUGCACAAGGAUAGGAAUCAUGGUUGAUGGAAAACUCCGAUGCAUUGGGAGUCCACAGCAUCUAAAAUCGCGCUAUGGAAAUCACCUUGAGCUAGAGGUAAAACCCACUGAUGUUGGUACACUCGAGGUAGAUGACUUGUGCAGAAGUAUUCAAGAAAUACUUCUUGAUUUUCCAAAUAAUAGUAGGAGUAUUCUUGGUGACCUUGAAACUUGCAUUGUUGGGAGUAGUUCAGUUUCUUCGAAGAGUGUAGCAGAGAUUUCUUUGACAAGGGACAUGAUAAUUUUAAUUGCACGCAUGUUUGGAAAUGAAGAAUCAAUUAAGACUAUAAUAUCAUCUAACCCUGUUUCUGACGGAGUGUUUGGUGAACAGUUGUCAGAGCAGCUACUUCGGGAUGGUACUGUUUUCAAUUCAUUCUCUCCAAUGUAGACUUUUAAAACUUUC